GAGAAUAAGACGGCAGAGCAGUUCUUUGUCUGGCAUGACACCUGACCGACCAGCUGGAAGAACUGGAGCAGUGUCUGUAUUGGGGAGUGACCGGCGCCACCCUGACCCCAGUGUGGAGUGUCGCCUUCUACUAUCCUCACCUUACUCAUCCAACUGCAGUUUCUCCUAGUUUUUCACACUUGAUCCUCACUGCCACCAGCGUGUCAUAUACGACUGUAAUCAAAGUCAGAAGUAAUUGAAAGUUGAAAUUAUAUGGCGUCAGAUCUCAUCUUAGAAAAUUAAAUGUUCUGAAAGCAAUUAUAAUUUUGUUUAAGAACUUUGACAUGUUUUGUGAUGAAUAUUGCGAAAACGUUUCGCACGUUUUGAAUGGGUGACAGCAGGAUAAAACCAAAGCAAAACUGCAGCCAAUAUUGCCUGCCCAGGAAACAUGUAGAAUUUGAAUGAGAAAAAAAGAUUCAACGUGGAUAUGUGUUGUGUCCGUGCAUGUCUUGCUAGACUGUAUACGUUCAUGCUACUAUUGAUCACGCGCGGCGACGGAAGCAUUAACACGAGAUGUGCGAGCUGUGCUAUGUGGCUACCUCUGGGGACCAUCCACUAAACUAAUGAGUCAAGCUGUAGACCUCAUCCCGCUGAAGCUGAUGGCAGGGCGACCCAAGACGAUCAAUGUGUGUGGUGUCCGUGGCAGCAUACUGUGGUUCGAAUGUAUCUCCUUGGUUAAAUGUGUGCCAAGUUUACAAGGUGAAAUGUACUGAACGUUAUAUGAAUAAUACUUACAGGAGUCUUUCAGAUUCGUAACACUUACAUUAUUUAAAGAGACUUGCCAGUACAAGUGAUGGGUGCGUGUUGUGUGGGCAGGUAAUUGGUUGUUUCGUGUGACCAUUACUGCGGUACUGCUAGGAUGCUGCCUUGGUCGCCUCAGUAUUAAGUUAACAUGACUUGGGACAGUGUGUAAGUUCUGGUCAUGAGUCUGCAGUGUCCCUUCCGGCCGUUGACACCUCCAGCCACUCAUAGUCGUGGGUUGUGUAUAUACUUCAUGCCACUUGCUUUUAGGUUGUUUGUGAUAUAUAAAGUGUUGAAAAACAAGUGUUAUGAUUUCUUCGGCAGCCAAGACGUUAUCAUUCCCGAUCAUAGUAUAUUGAAGAAACUGAAAAAGUUAUGGAAUACAAAAAAUGCCUCGGAAUAAGUUUUCUUCAGGACUUCAUUUCAAUUCAUCUUGCAUGUUUAAGAAAGUUCUAUCCCAUCGUAAUGGCUUAACACAAAACAUGACUAUUGAAACUAAACUUUGGUUUCAAAUGAAGUUAAUACUUGAAGUAAGGGAGUGACUCAAGGGUGGCCCUCGGUGACUGUCCCCUCGUGGGUAGUGUCACUGACCUGCAACACUACAGUACAUGAGCGGCCGCCCUCGUCCCUCUCCACCCAUGACUCAGUAACACUAUUCCAGGAGGGACGCUGCUUCCCCGUCUCUUCAAUGCUCCAGCAAACGAAGGCAAGGCAAAAUCAGUCUGCCGCCAGGCUUCGAAAAUAUGAGAACGACAAGACUCUAUCUCUGAACGUGAACGGCGGGCGGGUAUUCAAGACAUCGGACCGCCACCGUGCACGCCCUUCGACUCACGUUUACGCCAGCAACAACAAGUUUAUCAGUAGCAGCAGCGGCAGCAGCAACAGCGCCAAGUCGAUCUACCACCAGGGCCCGGUAGCCGUCCCACACCAUGACCUGCAGAUGACACCUCUCACCGUGCCCCUUCUCCCUCACGUACCCCCUCGCCCUAUCCUCACCCAGCGCACGCCCACGCCUCUUAGGUCUUCGCGUGUGUACUCCGGGCGGCGCACAUCCCCAGGCCGCCCUUACGCCCACACUCAUGGUCAGGCUCAGUUGGCCGCCCAAAUACAGCUGCUGAGACCCAAUAACACGCCCGUGUCUGUAGAGAAGGUUGACCUCGACAGGCGUGGACUGACCUCCUGGCCAGUGUUGGGUGGUGGAGAUGAGCCCGUACGCCUCCUCUCUCUCCAACACAACCUCCUCACCCGCGUUGAUCCUCCCACGCCCUCGCCCUCACUCGUCCUCCUCGACCUAUACCACAACCACCUCCAUAACCUCCACGGCCUCCACGCGUUUCCCAACCUCAGGGUCCUGAUGCUGGCCAAGAACAGGUUGUCUCGGCUGGACGGUCUGGAACACCUGAGUAAACUGGAGGUACUGGACCUUCACGGUAACCAGCUCCACCACCUACAGGGCCUCGCUCACCUUAAGGAGUUGCGGCUACUGAACCUGGCGGGCAACAUGCUGCGUCACGUGACCGGCCUCCGCGGGAUGGACUGCCUGGCGGAGCUUAACCUUCGGCGUAACCUUAUCCGCACAGUCGCCGACCUCCACUACCUGCCGCGCCUCGAGAAGGUCUUCAUGGGUUAUAAUGAGAUAUACAGGUAUGAAGACAUUACCUGUCUCCAGAACUGCCUCAAGCUGCGAGAAUUGUCCCUGGAGGAGAACCCCAUCAGCCGUCAACCUCACUACUUCCAUCAUGCCGUGACCAGGUUCUACCGCCUCAAGAG